CUCUUAAGAAAACUCGUACAUGGAUUUAGUUGAUCUUCUUGUUGGAGAGCUUCUAGUAGAUUAUAAAUGGGUGUAUAAGAUCAAAACUCGAUCUGAUGGUUUUGUGGAGCAUUACAAGGCUUGUUUGGUUGCUAAAGGAUUUACUCAAGAAUAUUGGAUUGAUUAUGAGGAAACCUUUGCACCUAUUGCUCAUCCCACUUCAAUUCAUAGUUUGAUUACUAUUGCUACUACAAAAGGAUGGAAAUUGUUUCAGAUGGCUGUGAAAAAUGCCUUUCUAAAUGGUGAUCUUAUAUGGGAAGUUUACAUGAAACCACCUACUAGAUUUGAGCAUCCUCCAAACAAAGUUUGCCAAUUGAAGCAAGCUCUAUAUGGUCUGAAACAAGCACCUCAAGCUUGGUUUGCCAAGUUUAGUACGACCAUCAAUGAAUUUGAUUUUACUUUUAGUCCUUAUGAUAUUGCGCUAUUCAUACGCAAUACUAAUCAUGGAAUUGAGGUCACCCCUUCUAAUGAUGGUUAUCUUUUCUCCCAAACAAAAUAUGCUUAUGAUCUUAUAUUUAAAGCUGGACUCAUUGACAGUAAAACUACAUCUACUCCUCUUGAGCCAAAUGUUCGACAUACACCCAUGGAUGGUUCUCCAUUAGUUGAUCCUACUUGCUACAGACAAUUGGUAUCAUUUUUCAUGGACUUCACUUUUCUGCUCAUACUUCACUUUUUUGCUCAUUCAUCUCUUGAACUUCGUGCUUACUCUGAUGCUGAUUGGGCUAAAGACUCUAAUGAUCAUAAAUCCACCAUUGGAUAUUGUCUUUUUCUUUGUGAUUCCUUAAUCUCUUGGCACAGUGAGAAGCAAUCAAUUCUAUCACGUUUCAGCAUAGAGGCCGAAUAUCAAGCAUUUAGAGACGCCACAUCAGAGUUACUUCAUUUAUGUUGGCUACUAGAAGAUAUGGGUAUUCCUCAAUUGCCUGCUACUAAUCUUUAUUGUAACAAUCAGAAUGCUAUGCAAAUUGCUCAUAAUGAUGUCUUCCAUGAAUGCACUAAACACAUUGAGGUUGAUUGUCACUUUGUUCGCCAUCAUGUUGCACAAGGAACUGUUCAUUUGGUUUUCAUUAGCUUCGUUGAUCAACCAACAAACCUUUUGACCAAGGCUCAUUUUCCUGGAUGUUUUCAUACUCUUAUUUCCAAACUCAAGUAUCACAACAACCUUGAGUUUGAAGGAGAUGUUAAGAUAUAAACAUAAUAAUUUAGAUCAUAUUCACACUUAUUGUAAAUAUUCUCCUUGUAUACAUUAUACUUUAUAAUAUUUUCUUUGUAAAUACCUAUAGAGGGAUCAUUGUACAUACAAUAUUAUUUAAAAAAGCAAUAAACUUUUCUUCAAAUA